GCUGCUGUUUCUGGCUGUGCCCCCAGUCCCUCCUCGCCAGGGCUGCAAAAGCAAGCCCUUUUUUCCUUUCAACCCAGGAAAAGCAGCUGAUCUUCCAGCUGGAAGACGAAAGGCUCCCUAGCAUUGCCAGGCUUCAGCAAUGCCCUCCAUUGGGAUCCUGAACUGAUCCCAGAUCCUGAUCCCGGGGGAUCUCCCUGCCCACCUUUGCUCUCUUCUUCCCCUUGAGGAGGGGGAGGGAUUGGAGGCAUCCAAGAUCGCAGCCUUGUUGGGUUUUCUUCUUCGUGUUCUUCACCAGCCUCGAUCCCGGAGAGAAAGGAUCUGGAGAAGGAGAUCCUGACCCGGUCUAUGAAGGGGGUAAAGAGCUGGAAUAGAAUACCUAUGCUGCUCUGUAUCAGUUGGACAGCUUUCUGAAGCUGAAUUAAAUAUAACUCCAUGUCAGUAGGACCAGAAGGGACAUAUUGUUCCAGAAAAGAUCUGCGAUGGAUAAAAAAAGCAAUAGUUGCUUCUUGCUGAUUAUUCUACUAAUUAGAAUGGCUCCAAGUCUCUCUUCUACUGUAAGUUAUACUGACCCCACCUUAGAGCCUGUAGCAACUCAACAUUCAGCAGUACGUCAGAAGAUAGUAGAUUCACAGUUCAAAUGCUAUGAGAGGAUGAACAGAACACCUCCUUACAAGAAAAAAGGGUUAUUCUGUAACCGGACAUGGGAUGGAUGGCUAUGUUGGGAUGACACACCUGCUGGAGAAUUUGCUGACCAAAAUUGCCCUGAUUAUUUUCCAGACUUUGAUCCAACUGAAACAGCAACAAAGUACUGUGAUAAGACAGGAACCUGGUUCCGCCAUCCUGAAAGCAAUCGAACAUGGUCCAACUAUACACGAUGCAACUCUUUCACAAAUGAAAAGCGUAAGAUGGUAUUCAUACUUUACUACAUGACCAUAGUAGGACAUGCUUUGUCUAUAACCUCCCUGUUAAUAUCGUUGGGAAUCUUCUUCUAUUUCAAGAGCCUCAGCUGUCAAAGGAUAACACUGCACAAGAAUUUGUUUUUUUCAUAUGUUCUUAACUCAGUGUUUACACUCGCCCACCUCAUUGCAGUAGUGUCUGACCGAGACAUGGUAAAAAAGGACCCAGUGAGCUGCAAAGUGCUUCAGUUUUUUCACCAAUACAUGAUGGGCUGUAACUACUUCUGGAUGCUUUGUGAAGGCAUUUAUCUACACACUCUCAUAGUGGUGGCAGUUUUUGCUGAAGAACAACGUUUGCACUGGUAUUACCUGUUGGGUUGGGGGUUUCCAUUAGUGCCAGCGUCAAUUCAUGCUGUGGCAAGAGCCAAAUACUUUAAUGAUAACUGCUGGAUUAGUGUGGACACCCACUUACUGUAUGUUGUUCAUGGGCCUGUGAUGGCAGCUUUAUUGGUCAAUUUCUUCUUCUUGCUCAACAUUGUACGAGUUCUGGUAACAAAACUGAGAGACACCCAUCGGGCUGAGUCCAACAUGUACAUGAAAGCGGUCAGAGCCACUUUAAUCCUUGUGCCCUUAUUAGGAAUACAGUUUGUCAUUAUCCCUUGGAGGCCAGAAAACAAACUUGCUGGUGAAGUGUAUGAUUACAUCAUGCAUAUAUUAAUGCAUUACCAGGGUUUACUUGUGGCAACAAUUUUCUGUUUCUUCAAUGGAGAGGUCCAAGGAGCUUUGAAGAGGCAGUGGAUGCAGUAUAAGACCCAGUGGGGCCAAAGGCGCCGAGAACAUUGCUCUACACGAUCUACCUCCUACACAGCAACAUCUAUUACAGAGGUCCCGAUUUACCUGUAUCAUCACGAUUCCAACAGUGAACAGUUUAAUGGAAAGUAUAUAGAUGACUCUGAACUGGUUGCCCUAAAAUCAGGAGAGACGUCUGCCUAGCUUUCAAAGAGCAGGCGCUGCUUUUUAUUUGUGCAAGGAGAAAAGAAGGAAAAGUCGGCAAGGCCGCUGCAAGAGGGUGCUCGGUCAGGGGACAGGACGCAUCAUGUGCAAACUACAGAAACCCGGCUUUCUGGUAGUGACAGCUCAGAGAGAGUAUGAAAGAUAGAAAAGUGGACACUGGCUCCAACUGUCAGAUGCUGCAUUAAGGGUGAAAAGGGACCAAAGUUGGACUUACCCAGUGAGAAGCACAGGAUUUCAUCUGUUCCUAACCUUGGUCAUAUUGAAUGAAGAUACAAUAUUAAGAAAAAAUGUCCCUUAGAUGUACCACUGGGAGAUGCCAUUCUUUCUUCAAGUGGAUCUUUGGUACUGAAACUGAGCUAAAUGCAGAUAAAAGACAAUUCACAGCUACUUCAUUAGAUACUUUCCUUUCACACUAGACAUUGGAACCAUAAAUAUGAGUUAUUUGUCAGUGUCUUGGAAAGCUUUUAUUCUUUGAAUAUCAGUCAGCUCAAAUGCUUUCUUAACAUUUUUUGCACUUAGAGCAAAACAAUAAAACUUCAUUCCACUGUAUUUAAACCCUCACUAUCUCAAGAGGAUGUCAUUCAGUAUUAUUCUGACAUCCAGCACAAGACAGAAAUGAAGGUAAACUAUUUAUUGUGUCACAAAUUUUCAAAAAGAAUGGAUUAACCAUAACCUAAGAAACACAGUGUUCUGUCAGAAAGUCUCAUGAGAGGACCAAGAGACUGUGUGGUUUUUCAAUGUGCUGGAUUAAUCAUAUAUAGGGAAAUUUUCAGCCAUAUUUUUCAGUCCAACAAUCAGACAUAUGGAACUUUUUUAUCUAUAAAUAAACUGUGAAAUGUUCUUGGAUAUUUUUUCUUUCUAAUCUUACAUAUCUCAACUUCUAAAUAUUCAGCAUAUACAGGUAUAUCACAGUUAAUGAAAUAGAUAUGUUCUUGGGUCUUAUUUCUUAAACAGAAAAUUUGGUACUAGAGGUGGAAACAAUAUAGGAAGAAUAGGAUUCUGUUCCAGGAAUGAUUGCUUUCUUUCACUACCCUCCACUCUCCUUCUGAUUUCCAUUUCCAUAUCCAGGGGUGGCCAGGUUGGCCAUACAGCAAAGUACAGUAUCAGCCAAAAUCCACAAAACAAUCAAGGGUUACUGUUUUGUGGAUUUGGGGUGAUAUUGUACUUAGUUUUCCCAUUGAAUAAUUAUGUUCCUUUUGGAAUGAUUGCUUAGAAUCCUGGUGGUGACAUACACUAAAUGCAACAGGGUGCACACCAGUAUACAUCACUUGUGAGAGGUUGUGUGGAAGGAGGUAUUCAAUACAUCCUCAGUAUUCAAUAUCUCCCCACACAAUACACACACACUGAAGGCAGCUUCCAAGCACCACAAUGUGCUCCCACAAUCAUUUCAUGGGCAGGAGAGAAUUGAUGGGACAAGGCAGGGGCACUUAAGUGGCAUCUGGUUGCAGAUCUGACAUCAGGAAAAGAGAACAGCUGCUGCCCUCCAUCAUGUAGUCGCUGCAAAUCUGGCAAUGUACCACCUGCUCUCCUGUCUCAGCUAUAGAGCUACACCCUUGCCCAUGUACCACCAUCUUGCCUUGGCUACUGAACAGCCAUGGGGACCUGCUCUGCUGCUUGGAAGCAGCCUUCCACGUGGGGGAUAUAAGAACUGGAAUUAUAACCAUCAUGUUUUUCUACCUAUUGUAUAUUGUUUCUAUUACAAAGCUACUGCUGAAGACUUUUCAUGCAGUAUACAUUUUGUAUAACAAAAAGUUAUUUCUGAAGACUUCCAUGGCCAAAACUGUGCCUGAGCCAGGCAGGUCUUCCAGUUCUGGGUGAAUGUUUUGCUGUCCCUACAUUAAGAUCAAAUACCAGUACAUCCUUCAUCUUUUCCUAACUGUUCAAGCUAUGAAGAAUGUGAUAAAGAGACUGCAACUGAAAAAUAAUAGAUGUACAUCAAAGAAGGCUUGAAUAAGAUGGCACACCCAAGCCCAACUGGGUAUGUUUAUAGAGAAACUUAACUGAGAUCUGACCCUUGUUGCAGAAUGAAAAUAGCUGUUUCAGUGCUAUUGAACUGGACAUCUUAGUGCAAAAUUACACACUUUGGUUUAAUUCCUAAGAUAACUUACAGCUCUGUUGCUCAGUGAGCCACACUGGCUUCAAUGGGGUGUUUUAUCAGGCAGGUAGAUAUUACAUUAUAUUGCACACCUAAAGAAGUUCAAUAGGUCUCCACAACAGCUGCCUACACCAUCAACUAUAGAUCACUCUACCAAGGCUAUAAAGAGACUAAAAGCUUAUGCCCUGUAUCAGUGAAAAUAUCUGAACAUCCAUCUAUCCGUUGU